GCGCACUGCGCUUUUACGCACGACUCCAGUGACACUGUGGAGGAGAGCAGAGUGCCAUGAAGACCGUCGAUGUGUGAGCGUUUUGCUGCCACCGCUAGAAGAUGAUCCUGCUGCCUGGUCUGUUGUUCAUUCUCUGGGGAGAACCGGCUCGGUGCCUGGAAGAGGGCGGAGGCUUUGAAUUUAACGGAGACAUCCGCCAAUUCGCUGUGUCCAACAACACGGUUUACAUCGCUACAGAGGAGAAGCUGUACCAGCUGAACCACGACCUGACCCUGGUCCGGAGUCUGACCCAGAGAGGAAUCUUAGUGGGUGCGGAACAGGUGGAGUACUCGAAGUUUGACCGGGUUUCUGAGACGGAGAAGUGGAACGCAACUUUCAGUGUCAACAUAUUAUUACCGUUUGUUGAGGAUGACAGUCUGAUCAGCUGCGGUAUGACCGAAGAGUGCGGUUACUGCGAGCUGCUGGACCUGAAGAACAUUUCUAAUGUGCGGUACAAGGAGCACGUCCAGGUGGGGCCCCCAUGGCACAGCAGGGCGUCCGUCAGCUUUCUGGUGAAUGUGGAGACCCGGACCAAGACCGACACUUACAUUCUGGCUGCCAUACAGCAAUACGAAGACAAAUCCACAAAGACCAAAUGCUCCAUUGAAUCAGACACGGUGAACUUUUAUAAUACCAAUAACGGUCAGAAUGGAGGGAUAUUUUCCUCUAAUGGAGAGUUAGACAAUGCUGCGAUCAAACAUGAAGGCAGUGUGGAGUUUGUGGAUGGAUUUCAGAUCAAUUCAACAAUCUAUCUUUUCUCUAACGUGCCCUCGAAGGACAAACGCAACAAAGUCCGUCUCAUUUGGCUCGAGGGCAAAACCGACAAAGCCCAGACUGUAAAGUCUCUGCGGGGCGCGACUCUCAGUAUCUCUGGUGGUGCUGAGUCAGACAGCAGACUCCUGGCCUCCUCGGUGAUCCCGGGUGGGCCGCCGGUGCUCUGGAGCGGCGUGUUCAGUGCGGACGGAGGACAAACCAACACCGAGCUGGUAGUGUUUGACAUCAGCCCUGAUCUCACCGGAGACCCCGAUGUAGAUCCGGACUUCUGCAGUUCGUGUAGAUCUGAUAAGCCAAAAUAUCCAAAGACACUGAAACCGAAGAAGGUGCUCUUCAGGCAGAACUACAUGACCUCUGUGCUGGCAGUGAGACAGAAGGCCUGGGUGGUUUUCUUCAUCGGGACGGGAGACGGGCAGCUCAUUAAGCUUGCUGUGGACAAGGACUAUCACACCACCUGUCCCAGAGUGCUCUACAGGGCCAAUGAUGAUCGCCAAGUGUUUCCCAAAAUGCAGCUGGACCAGGUGGAUCGUAAACAUGUGUACGUGCCAUUUAAAAACCAGAUGAAGCGUGUACCUGUGUCAAAGUGCAGCACAUACACAAAUGUGCAGGACUGUUGGUCUGCACAGGAUCCAUACUGUGUCUGGUGCGGCUCUAAAAGAAGUUGCACAUUUGAAGACGAAUGCCAAGAUUCAGACUGGUUAUCCAUUCCUGAUGAUUCUCAACAGACAAUGGUUUCAUAUAAAGUUGUAAAGGACAGCACUGGGCAGAUCACUGUUAUCAUCCAGACACACGCCACCGUGGGCCAGAAGGCUCUGUCUAACUUUGCCUGUCAGUUCUCUGCAAAUUCCCAUGAGCUUUGUAACACGGAAAACCGUCGUCCACAGUUCCCUCGAUGCACCUGCAUCCUUAAAAAUAGCACACUUCCUGCUGAAGGCCUGCCAGUCACAGUUAAGAUUAGACUUGGGACAACACAAUUGUUGGAACAGCUGAAGAUAUCCAACUGCGCCGACAUCAGGGGACAGCAGACUCCUGCCCUGUGUCGGCGAUGUAUCGAGGCUGGAUGUGGCUGGAGCAAAAACGGCUGUUCCUGGGGGAAUCGAGGAGAGGGAAAUGACAGUGUUUGUCAAACAGAGGAGUCGGGGAUGAACUUCUCUAGACCAGAGAUCUCCUCAAUCUCUCCCAGUGUCGUGUCUUUCUACGGCAGAAACUAUGCGAUGUUGUCUGGUCGUAACCUCGCUGCCGUGACCAGAGUGAGGAUCCAGGCGGACAUGGACUGCACGCCACAAGAAACUCCUGUGUGGAGCAACACUGGUGUGGAUCUGACGUUCCACAUUCCCAGGACGGAUAAUAAAGGCGUGGUCAUAGUAUGUGUUGUCCUCCCAGACGGUAGUUGCCAUGGCAAUGCUAAAAUCACCUACCGGUCCUUACCUUCCUGCACCAACAUCACACCCAGCAGCACCUGGAUCAGUGGGAAGAGGAAGAUCACAGUCAUUGGAUCCCACCUGGAGUUUGUGGAAGGGGUCUUACACAGCCACGCCCUGCAUGAGGUCAGACUUCCCAGAAACAACACCUCUCAGAAUCUGAUCUAUGACACACCGGCAGCUGGAAAUUAUCGAGAGAGUUUUACAAGCAGUGUGUUUCUGAAAGUAGCCAAUGAAACGUUGGACUGCUCCACAACAAUAACCUACUACCCAGACCCUGAGUUCACCAGCUUCACAUCUACAAGGACAGGAGACGAUGUGCGCAUCACCAUAGAGAAAAAGGCAGACAAACUGGAGAUGACAUUGGGAGAGUUGUCAGUGUGGGGCGUUCAGGAAGGUGAACAAUUCCCCUGCAUCAUGGAAGCCAAAAAAACCAGUAACGAGACUGACCUCUUUAUCUGUGAGAUUCAAGGGACACCUGACGUUGAGUUUCAGCACUUAACAAUAAAAUAUGGUGACAAGACGGUGAGACUAGGGCCUCCAUCUUUAUUACAUCAGAUCCUUCUGAUACUGCGCAUUCUGCUGAUACCCUGUAUUCCUGUUGUGUUGGUGAUUAUCUGUCGAUGGCAAAAGAAGCUCACUGCUGAGAUGAACAAGAUCUGACCGUUAGGUCAAACCUGGAAAACUUUGGGCAACUCCUUUAUCAAGAUGGACAUAAUGCCUCAGGUUCAUUUUCUGCACUGAGACCCAAUUGUUCACCUGUGGGUCACUGGAGUAAAGUUCUCUCUUUGGUCUCAAUAUUAUGUAAAAAAUCUUAAGCAUACAGUGAGUGUAAGAGGACUUCUGCAGUGUUUAGUUCUGAGAUUGUACAGUAUCCUGCAAGUAUCUCUGAACGUUGUCUCAGUUAUUGUAUCUUAUUACGAUUACUGUUUUUAUGGUAAUUAUAUUGUUAUUGGUCCCUCCUCUGUUACUGUUAAUAGAUCCUGUGUGUUUGUUCAUUUCAUUGUUGUACUAAUGAAACAUAAAGGUACAAAGAAGCUUUAGAGGCGUUGGUAGGUGGAUUUUGUUACCAGCAGAACCAGGCUAGUUGUAUCUGUUUCCAUUCUUUAUGCUAAGCUAAGCUAACAGGCUGCUGGCUGUUGCUUCAUGUUCACCUACAGACUUGAGAAUGUAGCAUUAGCCAGUGUAGUUUUCCUAUUAUGGGUGUGAGGACAAUUAAUAUAUAGUAUAUAGAUUAAUAGUCAAUAUAUCAGAGUGAAAUUUAAGUUUUGUAAUAAAGUCGUUUUUCUACUGA